AUGGCCGUGCUUCGCGUUUUCUUACUGGUGCUCUCUGUGCUCAUUGCCGCCGCGCAUGUGGUCUCCGCUACAGCGCCGAUAUUCGAAUCUGAUCCUGCGCGGGAUGUUGGCGUCUUGGCGGCGGACGACCUGUCCUCCCCAGUGGCAGUCAAAGAUGCGUCCAUCUUACCACUGAUGCAGGAGAUCCGACGGAUGCUCAAGGGGAAGGCGGUCAAGGUGAAGAUCGGGCCGAGUGAAAUGAAAGCCAUCGCUGAGGUUGGAAAGGAGCUUGCGAAGUAUUCUAAGAAGGAAUGGGAUAGGAUGGUGAAAGACAAAAAGAAGCAAGCGGAAAAGCUGGAGAAAGGGUGGGAGGAUACCAAGAAGGCAGCGAAUGAGGUGAAGCAGGGGUUUGAGAAGGUUGGGGAAGGUGCCAGGAAGGCAGCGGACGACGUGAAGCAAGGGUUCGAGAAGGCCACAAACUUCUUUGGAAAUCUCGGACGCAAUCGGGCGGGCGGCACGCUGGCGGUGAUGCAGAGGGCAGUGGCCGCCCACUGCUGGAGGGCUGCCACGUGUAGCGCUCUCAUUGGCCGCCCACGGCCCCGACCUUCCACCCUGGCACAGCUGGUGCAGACGCUGUCAGAGCGCCAGGCCGCCCAGCGUCUGUCACAUCUGCGCGCGCUCAUCAGCCACGCCUCUGCCCUGCCUAUGGACCUGCGCCCAGAGAUCAAGACCCUGCGCCGCGCUGUGGCCCGCCUGGCAUCGCGCCUCAAGGCUGAUACCGCUGCAACUACUCCUCCUGCCACUCAAUCGCCUCCUCCCACCGCACCACCCACUGCAUCGCUGCUCACCGCACCCUCUCCCGCACGCACAGCGACGCCUCUGGCUGUAGCAAAAACUGUAGCGCCGUCAGGCAAAGCAACUGCGACAGCACGUGGGGGAAUCGGCACCGCAGGUGCUGCCUCGGAACUGAAGGCGUCCGGGCUGAAAGGCUCUCGCAGUGCCAAGCGGAAGCUGGCAGCAGGCGGGGAAGGCAAGGCAGUGCGUGUGGCUGGCGCUGGUGCCACGGCCGCAGCCACCAAGGGCAAGAGGAGCCCUCGCGCCCUGCACGCAGCGGCCCUGCAAGGAGGCAGCUGCAUGGCCGUGCCUGCUUGUGCUACAACCUGCCCCCGUGGCCCGACUGUAACAUACGAGCCUGCCCCCGCCUCCUGCAUCGCCUCACCGCUUCUGCCUGCCUGCUCCUCCCUUCCUCAACCCACCGAUCCAUCCCACAUGGCCUCUCGCCCUCUCUCCCCUUCACUCCCUGCCCCCCCGGCCACCUCCCCUGCUGCUGCUCCUCUGCCUGCACCGCUGGCAUCGCCAGCUGCCUGCCCGCCUACCCCAGGGGGUGAGGCAGGGGCAGGCGUGAGAGUGAGUGGGAAGAGGAGCAGCUCGACCGCCAAGGUUGCCAGCUCAGCAGCCAAGGUUGCUAGCUCAGCAGAAAAGGCUUGCUGCCUAGAAGGGAAGGGCGGUGAGGGUCAGAGGAGGAAAGGCAGGGGAGAUAGCCAAGAUAAGAGAAGUGGAGACAGGGUGCGGGCGAUUGAGAGUGGCAUGCCAGGCACACGCACAGCAGGCCAGGGGAAGAUGAGCCCUCGGCCACAUGAAAGCGCAACAGCAGGCCAGGGGAAGAUGAGCCCUCGGCCACAUGAAAGCGCAACAGCAGGCCAGGGGAAGAUGAGCCCUCGGCCACAUGAAAGCGCAACAGCAGGCCAGGGGAAGAUGAGCCCUCGGCCACAUGAAAGCGCAACAGCAGGCCAGGGGAAGAUGAGCCCUCGGCCACAUGAAAGCGCAACAGCAGCGGCAGCAGAGGGUGUGACAGUUGGCAGUGCGUGGCAGCAUGGCAGAGCGAGUGAGAGUGAGAGUUUGGGGCGAGAGGGUGCAGCAGGUGGUGCAGAAGGUGGGAGCAGGGGAGGCGGGGUGGUGGAGGGAGGGGCGGGUAGAGGAAGGCGGUCGGUGCGUAGCACAGCAGGCCGGCACCCUCGCUUCGAUGGCUUCCUGCUGCUGCCCCGCAUCCGAUGA